UUGAUACUUGUUGUGUUGUUUGCUAGCCCUGAAGCGGUGGACUAUUGUCUAACCUCGCCGGACAUGGCCACGUUAUCUAGCGUUAAAUAUCUUUGAUAGUAGCAUAGUUACAUCGUCGCCAGGACUGCGUAACGCCAGGCGUUGUUUUUGUACUCGUAAUAUUUUCUUUAGCUAACAUAAUGUCUAGCUUUGUGUCGGUAGCGGUAGCGGUGAAUCGGGCGGGUCAAAUAUGCUUUCGCUUUUAGACCGGAGCGUCUCAGCUGGAUAGGCGACCCCGGCUCACUGUGAACCAUCUCCUUGAAGGCUGCCAAGGGUCGACUCAAACUGGUAGCUGCCAAAAUCAAAAAGAAGCUUGUUUAUGCCGCCAGUCUUUGUGCCUGUGUCAACAAUGGAGACCACUCAGGUGACGUUGGUUGUCAGAGGAGAAACAAACCCAGGGGAGGUGAUUGCAGUUGUUGGUAGCUGCGAUGCCCUGGGAUGCUGGAGCCAUCAAAAAGCUGUGACCUUGCAUCCUGUCGGUAACGAUGGAAAUACGUGGACUACAACUGUUGCUGUGCCUAAAGGAGUUGUGUCCAAGUACCGCUAUCUCAAAGGCUUCUUUCUGGAGUCAAAGAGUGCAGGUGGUCCCUGUCAAGUGAUAGUCAAAAUGUGGGAGACCCAUCACCAACCCCGCACGAUGAGCCCCACAGCGUCACACCAGAAUAUUGACGACGGACAGUUUGGAAUUCACAAUGGGGUGAAUUGUGUAGACUCUGGGUGGCUCACGUGCCAGACAGAGAUUCGCCUGCGUCUACACUUUUCCAAGACGCCUCCGGUGUCCAUCACUAAGAAGAAAUUCAAGAAGUCUCGCUUCAGAAUUAAGUUGACAUUAGAGGGCUAUGAGGAGGAGGGAGAUGACGAGGAAGAAGAGCUCAGUCCCUCAACUUGGCAUAAGAUGACCACAACUCUGGAGAUCAGUAUGAUCAGUGCCAACCGCUAUAGGUCACGCCACUCGCAGCCUGAGUGUGGGUAUGCACUGGAGCCCUCGCAGUGGACUGAGUACAUCAUCCACACCAUGGACCCAGACAACCUGGAGCUCACCUUUGAGUUCUUUGAGGAGGAUCUGGGUGAGCACGUAGUCCAGGGGGACGCUCAUCCCGGAUUCGUUGGCACAGCUUGCCUCCUCUCCUCAUCUUUCUUGGAGAGCGGUAAGGACAACGGAGUCGCCACACUUCCGAUAAUGGGUCGAAAUUCCAGACAGACUAUCGGGAAAGUCAGAGUGGAUUACCUGGUGAUCCGGCCCAUCAAGGGGCUGCAGUGUGACAUGAGCUCCUCUUUCACCAAGUACUGGAAGAAAAGGAGUACUCUGGAUGUGGGCCACAGAGGAUCUGGCAGCACACACGCAGCGAAGCACCAAAGAGUCAGGGAGAACACAAUAGCCUCGUUUAAAAGUGCUGCCACACAUGGUGCAGCCUAUGUAGAGUUUGAUGUACACCUCUCCAAGGACAGUGUUCCCAUCGUAUACCACGACCUGACGUGCUGCAUCUCCACCAAGAAGAAAAAUGACAAGACCUCUCUGGAGCUCUUUGAGGUGCCAGUUAAAGACUUGACAUUUGAUCAGCUGCAGCUUCUCAAGCUGGCCCAUGCCACUGCGAUGAAAGAACACGAUGACAAAGAUCUGCUGGACGAUGAAGAAGAAAUCGAUGAGCAUCAGCCAUUCCCCUCCCUCUCACAGAUCUUCCAAGCUGUUCCUGAGCAAGUGGGCUUCAACAUCGAGCUCAAAUGGAUCUCCCAGAUGAAGGACGGGUCAUGGGAUGGCAACCUGUCAACCUACUUCAACAUGAAUACCUUCCUCGACAUCGUCCUGUCUUGUGUUCUGCAAAAAGGCGGAAAAAGACGCAUCGUCUUCUCCUGCUUCGACCCAGAUGUCUGCACCAUGGUGCGUCAAAAGCAGAACAAGUACCCCAUCCUCUUCCUGACACAGGGAAUUUCAGAAAGGUAUCCUGAGCUGAUGGAUAUCCGCUGCCAGACCACUCAGAUCGCCAUAAGUUUUGCUCAGAGUGAGAACAUUCUGGGGAUCAGUGCCCACACGGAGGAGCUGCUAAAAAACCUGUCCUAUAUCGCGGAUGCCCAGUCUAAAGGCCUGGUGGUGUUCAGCUGGGGAGAGGACAACAACGAGCACGAGAUCAGAAGGAAGCUGAGAGAGCAGGGAAUUGAUGGCCUCAUCUAUGACAGUAUUUGCGAGGACCAAGGAGAGCAGUCAAACAUCUUCAAGAUAGAGGAGCAACACUCCCUGCGGGAGGUGAUCACAGAGGAGACCAUGAAGAGCUGCACCUGCUCCUGCUACUCCAUCCCCUGCUCCAUGGCUCCCUGCGCCACCACCAAGUCCCGUGCUGGCAGCGCCGAGUCCGACUCGGGCCUCAGCUCCUCAUAACCCCUCCUCCCUUUAAGCUUCAGUUGACUUCACUGCACAUAUACACCGAGAGCGCCAAGCCGUGAAUGAAUGAUCAAACACAAGCAUAUACUUGCUGAAAAAUGGGGACUCCCUGAAACGUGGUAUUUCACCCACAUGGCUCUGUGACCAUCAGGGCACAUUCAUACUUAAUACUUGAAAAUGAGAAGUUGGACUGAGCGUCAGAGUGUAGGCUAGUUUUAUUUCUAAAGCUUGGAAAAGUAGGCAGAUUAGUCUGGAUAAUACACGAGUAUGAAGGCAGACAGACUUUACUAUUCAUGUUUUCUGAUAAGUUGUAUAUUUGGUCUCACUUUUGCGCACAUGGAAAUUGAUAGUCUGCCUUGUAAGCCUGUUUGGGCCUCUAUUAAUCAGUCCCUCCAUGAUGUUUGCAACAGUAAACACAAAUUCAGCCAAUGCCUGUGAAUUCUGUGCAAUCUAGAUUUAGAUUUUAGAUUUAUUUAUUUAGCACAAGUUAAAAAAAGUUCCACUCCCGUCAUCUGGUGGAGAUGCUGGGGAGUCUUUUCCGAGCACCACAACUUUACCGCAACUUUUACCAUUUAAAAAUGUGUUAAAUAUUAUUUCAUUUUAGCACGCAGCAUCUUGAAUUUUUACAUUCUUUUAUAAUGAGACUCCUGCUGCAGAACUGGAGCUCUGUGUCUGGGGCAAAGUCUCUGACACACCCAGGAAGGGCUGCAUCACAUAGCUAACAUUGCCCAACAAUUAUUAACAGCUCUAACAACCAAGAUGAGACAUUUUGGUGUCAGUGUAAGAUUAACCGCUUCCUCAAGGCUUCAGCUCAAGCGGCAAAAUAUGAUGAAUAGUGAGAUCACGUUGCUCUGUGUUAGCUCGUGCUAACCGGGCAGCGAGAGCAGGAGGGAAGCGGCUCACCAUCCUGAAGCCGCAGCAACAGCUGAUUGGCUGUGAUCAGCUUGUAAUGCCUCCACCUUCCCCCAACCAUCACAAAUAAAUAUAAAUCAUGUAGGAAACUGAAUGCUCAUCAUAAAGGGCUUUUUUGCAUUGUGCAUUUUUCACUUGCUGCAACAAUUUCAGUGCAAGGAAACACCCAUAAACACAGCAACAUGCAUUCGAUUUUUUAGAAACGCUGCUGUGAAAUGAGGCGUUUUCAGGCUACAACAAUCCCAAGAACAGCUCCUGAAAUCUGGAGGGACUGAUUGAUGCAAAAUGGUAUACUGAUGUCAGAAUACAGACUCUCUCUGAGUAGAUUUUCGUCAUUGGAAAUAAUUAAGUUAAUCUAAAUGUCAAUAUCUUUUACAUUAGAUUAGAUUUACAUUAGCACUAUAUAGUCAAACAUUAAGAUGGAUAUUUUGAGAAUUUAUCAGCAGUAAAAGUCAUUUGAAUAUCUGCAGCGGAGUCUAGUCACGGUUAGUGUCAGCAGUACAAGGAGCCAAAAGUGAAUCAGGUGUGAGGUCAUCUGUGGGUUUAAUCUCAGUGUUAAAGCAAAGAUUAAGUAAUAAAUAAAUUUUUAGGUCACAGUUUUACUAGUUUGUCCACAAUCUGACAACCCAGUGCAACAAGAACACACAUCAUGUACACAACACACGACACAGGAUGUUAGGCACCGUCCCCCUGGGUGAAAUACCACGUUCUUCGGGAGCGCCCUGAAAGAUGACAGAUUAGGUUUGGGCAUAUUUUCCAAAACAAUUUCUCUACUUCGUCACACCUAAUCACAGGAGUUAAACCAGUCCAACCACCUCCGCUCACUUCCAGGUUUUUGUAUUUGUUUUGCACUCUUCACAGAUGUUUUAUGUUAUUUAUGCUUUCUAUUGAAGCAGGUGGGCGUUUUGCCAAAGCAUUGAGGAAGCAGUGAUUUUAGGUUUUUCAGAAGAACCUGUAGAGGUCAUCGUGAUAGUGGAACAAGGUCGUAUUUAGGAACUACACUCGAUAGUGGAUAUUUAUUUAGCUCACAUGUUGCUUUGCUUUAUAGUCUAAGUGCUCAAAUGUAAUGCAUAUUAUAUUUGCAUAUUAUAAGAGAACAACUGCAGAUUUAUUGUCAUAAAGUUCAUGAUAAUGCGGGAUUAUGCUGUUGGGUCUUUUCUGUGCAUGAUGCCAUUACCUUCAGUGUUAUUUUCUCAGAUAGCAAUGAGUAAUAGCGACUGGACGCUAAUUUAGCUUGAGCGCAGACAGUAUGGGAGAUGCAGGUUGCCAUUAAUAAAUACUCACCCUCUUCAGCAGUAAGAAGAUGGAUUUAUUUCCUUUUGGACGGACUAUUGACAAGCACUUACUCCUGCUUCUCACACCUCCCACUCAGCUGUUAUUGUAAACCACAUACAGCUUGAUAAAUGUACUGUUACCAUGUCCUUUAUUCUUUUUAUCUACCUGAUUGAAAAGCAGAAGAAUGUUUUAUUUGUCACAGUGCGCACACACGCACCACAGCCUUAAGGGGGGAAAAAAUCAGGUCUAUUUGCGUUUUUAAAAACCUCCAAUACCUCACUCAUCAUCUAUUAGAAUAGACCUGAGCUGAGACUUGUGUACAGAAUGAACUCCCUUCUUAUAAAUACCAUCUAACAUCACAGCACACAUACUUUUUAUUGCAUGGCUUUCUUUUUUUUUUUUGCACCAUUUACACAUGAAAUCAUUUGCAUAUUGAUAUGAUGUGUUAGUAUAUUACAAUAAUAGUAAUGCAGCUUUUUAAACACAGCAAACAAAUCCAUUAUAGUAAACUCUUUGUACAUACGUCAUAUUCUACCUGUAUAUCUGUCUCAUCGCACAAUUUCUGAGCUACAGACUGGAAUGAUUGAGUCGUGCAUGGUCUUGUAUAUCUGUAUAAAUCUAGUGUGUAAUAUUAAAAUGCCACUUCAGGACAGAAGAGUGUAAGGGUGAUGUAAAUAAAAUCAAAACCUAUGUUUGUUUA